AUGUGGCACUUUCAGUCACCUUGCACAAAGGUGUCCGUUCAGCACUGAAUAUUAAUAUUUAUAAUGCAGAUGGAGAGUGGCUUUCAGAACGGACAUGUCAUGCCCUUGUUUUGGGGGUUUCGCCACGGGCAUGGAUGGUGCAAACUCGAUGUACAGGGACUGCGGUUGAUCUAUUCAUUUCAAGCCUCCCCCUGAACUCAGGUGUGCCCGGGAGAAAAAAAAAAAGAUGAAUGAAAGUUGGGGAAUGAAUGGGUGAAGGAGCGAGUGUGAAAGGAGGCGGCAAGCACGGAGAGGACGGGAGCGCGCAGGCGCUUCGAGGCACCCGGUUCAAUUAAAAAAAAAAAAAAAAAAAUCAAUCUCAAGGUGUUCUCUGCAAAGCUGAAGAUGGCGACAGACUGAGAAGCGGCGCAGGGAGCAUCGGAAAGAAGCGAAUCGGGACGAUGGGAAGCAAGCACCACUUCCUGCACCAGAGACGCCGGAAUAAAACAUCGACGAAAUGAAAACACGAAUGCACCGACGAGAGAUGACGACAGAUGAGGGGUUUUAAGUGAAACAACAAGAGGGCGAAAGAGAAAAACGCCUUUGCUUUGUUGCGCGCCCGCCACGCGCUGCAGGACGCGCGCGCGAGGAUGCUCCUCCGCACAGCUUCGCCGCGCGCACAAAUCCCGGACGUAGAAGGAACCUUCGGCUUUGCGCUCUGCGGCGGAUGCCGCUGAAAACGAGAGCUCGGGAAGUUGCUUUUCUUAUUCUGUGCGUGGAGGGGCGGUGGGGAGAAAUGCUGCUCAACAUCAUGUUGCGAAGGAGGUAGGUGACAUUGUUGGGGGAAGGGGGGGGAGGCAAAAUUGGAGAGGAGGAUAAAAAAAAUUUUAAAAAAUUGAAAAAUAAAAAAAAAAGCAAGCGGAGAUCGCCUUUUUUGCAUCCCCCCUGAAAUAUGAUCAGGGGUGCUUGGAUGUACCGCAGGGAAGAUGACGCCGCGUUAGAGAUCUGCUGUGCACCCGAGCAAAGCGACAAGCCGUGCGCCGACUCCGAGCGGGCGCAGAAAUGGCGAAUGUCCCUGGCGUCGCUGCUCUUCUUCACCGUGCUCCUGUCUGACCACCUCUGGCUGUGCGCCGGGGUGAAGCUGCUCUCCAAGGACCGUAGCGGCCGCAGGUCGUGGGGCAGCGCCGCCGCCGACGAGGAGGAGGGCGGCGGCCACGCGGUGCGAAACAACGGUCUCCACAGCCACGCGGCGGCUCCGGCGACGAGAGACCCCGCGUGCGCGGACGCCGGGAGCAGCUCGCGCCUCGAGUCCGCGUGCGCCGCGCUGCACUGGCGCGGCGCGGGCUCCUGGGUCGCGCUCGCGGCGCACAACAGGUCCGCGCUCUCCCCGCACGCGCUGCUCGCGCACUUCAGGGCGUUCAGCCUGUCCUUCUGCGACUCCUACACUAUGUCCGACCUUCUCGUGGGCAUGGCCGAGCCGGACGGCCUGAAUUGCAGCCUCCAGAACAUGGUGUGGGAUUUGGCGAGCGGCCGGGUGGCGCUGGACGACGACGAGGACGUGUGCGGCUCCUGCAUCCAGGCGUACAUGAGGCUGGACCAACACGCUCAGGAAAAAUACGAGGAGUUCGAGCUCCUCUUUCUCAAGUAUUUACCAGAGGAUUACUCCGUCAGAUCGCGGUUAGAGGACUGCAAGGUAGUCUACAAAGCCUGGUUAUGUUCGGAAUUUUUCAACGUGACCCAGAGCCAGUGCCACCACAGGAUUCCCUGCAAGCAAUACUGUCUGGAGGUCCAGACCCGGUGCCCCUUUGUGUUACCCGACAACGACGACCUGGUCUAUGGGGGGUUAUCCAGUUUCAUCUGUACAGGGCUACUAGAAAACCAUUUAACCAAUGCAGAGCCAGAGUGUUGCGACGUCAGAUGGAGAGGGUGUGACCCGGCAGGGGAAGGUCCCUACGGCACGUCGGCCCCGCCCCCCGGCUCCGCGACGGGGCCGCGGCGCUCGUCCCAGGCCGCGUCGGCCGCCGCGCGCCUCUACAGCAGCCGCUUCAAGCUGUGCGUGCUGGUGCUCAUCCUACUGCACACCGUCGUCACUUUCUCCGCCGUCGCCGACCACAGCGGGGUCAGCCUGGAGGCCUUGAGGCCCAUGGAGGAGAGCUCGGCCAGGGAGGAGUAAACGCCGCCGCCAUCUCUCGCCCCUCGCGAGACAAGGAGCGGAAAGUCCACCGAGGGAUGCGGCGGGGGAGGCGCCGAGCGAAGCCUCGCGGUCAUUUUGGGGUGGGGGGUGGGGCGUCGCGAAGAGGUGAGCCUCUUCCGAAAGGCGAAGGCGCGCCGCAGCUUCGCGGAAAGCUUUGGGUACAAGUGGCCUUUUUCUCAGUGUGGGACUGUGAGUGACAGCAGGAGCUGGAGAACUGCACUUCGGUACGUCGUGGGAUGCGUGUUCCCAAUAUCGGUAGAAACGCGAACGCUCUCCCGGUUCCGUUCCCAGCUCGGCCGGUUCAGAUCCGACAACCUGUAACGCGCUCUCUUUCUUUCUAAAUUCUGCGCACCGAUAAGGUCCUCCCACUUUCUGCAGAUAUUUUUUUAUGUGCAUGAACUUUAUACAGGGGUGUCGAAUCGGUUUUUCUGAGAUGGUCUGGGCUAUCGCUGCUAAGGUGAAAGACUGCACACGUUGAUUGCAGAAGUUCUUAUAAACCGUUCGUGCAUGUUCCUCUUUGUUAGGGUGAAACUGAACUGAACUUUCUGUCCACGGUGUGGUUUUCUUUGAAGUCAACAUCGCUCCAAUUUUUUAAUGAAACAUGAGU